CCGAUAGAGUUGGCCGUGUCUCUUGGCUCUGACCGGUUCUGCACAGAUUUUUGGGAAAGUGAAUGGGGUCACGACGGCAGAUUGUUAUCCUUUGCCCCGAGUUGAGGAUUGUGUUGAUCAUGUCGGCAGUGCCAAUUAUGGGACAAAACUUGAGCUGUUCAAAGGGUGUUGGCAGGUGCCGCUGACUCCUCGGGCAAGGGAGAUCUCUGCAUUUGUGAGCCCUGACGCUUUCUUACAGUAUACGGUUAUGCCAUUCGGCGUGCGUAACGCACCUGCUACAUUUCAGCGUUUGGUAAACACGGUCUUGUCGGGCUUGUCAGGGUGCGAGGCAUAUUUGGACCAUGUGGUGGUUUAUUCGAGUUGGUGGGACGAUCACAUGCAGCAGCUUCAGGCAGUGUUUGGAAGGCUGCGUGAUGCCAAGCUCACACUCAAUUUGGCAAAGUGUGAGUUUGGUCAAGCUGCAGUGACGUAUUUGGGAAAAGUUGUGGGUCGGGGGCAAGUAAAGCCGGGGCAAGUAUUUCAUCCAGCUCACCCGUCGACUCUCUCUGAGAUCACCUAGCAGGAGUCUCGCCCGUUAUGUUUCUGUUGACUUGGUGACGGUGUGUGUUCUCAGUUUGGGGAGGAAAUCUCCACAUAUGUCUAAAAGUUUGCAAAACAGUGCAGCUUGAAGCGAGAAGUCAUGCUGGACUUUGCCAUCUCCGCUGUCACGUUUGUCAUCAUCUUGGUCGGCGCUGUUCUCUAUUUGUAUCCGUCUUCCAGAAGGGCCUCUGGUAUCCCAGGUCUCAAUCCCACAGAUGAAAAGGAUGGGAACCUGCAGGACAUUGUGAACAGAGGCAGUCUGCACGAGUUCCUCGUCACUCUGCAUCAGGAGUUUGGGUCUGUGGCGUCGUUCUGGUUCGGCGGUCGGCCAGUGGUCAGCCUGGGCUCCGUGCACCAGCUUCAGCAGCACAUCAACCCCAACCACACGACUGACUCCUUUGAGACGAUGCUGAAGUCGUUGCUGGGAUACCAGUCUGGAAUGGGGGGCGGAGCCGCUGAGACUGUAUUAAGGAAAAAGGUGUAUGAGAAUGCCAUCAACAACACACUGAAAAACAACUUCCCUCUUGUGCUCAAGCUGGUGGAGGAGCUGGUGGGAAAGUGGAAGUCAUUCCCAGACUCUCAACACAUCCCUCUGUGUGCCCACCUGCUGGGUCUGGCCUUGAAGACUGUCACCCAGCUGGCUCUGGGAGAGAGCUUCAAAGACGACGCCAAGGUCCUUUCCUUCCGCAAGAACCACGACGCGAUCUGGUCAGAAAUCGGAAAAGGCUACUUGGACGGCUCCCUGGAGAAGAGCUCCAGCAGGAAGGGACAUUAUGAGAAGGCUCUGUCAGAGAUGGAGUCGGUGCUGCUGUCAGUGGCGAAGGAGAGGAAAGCCCAGAGGAAGCAGACGACAUUUGUGGACGCUCUGCUUCAGUCCAGCCUCACAGAACGACAGAUCAUGGAGGAAUGCAUGGUUUUCACUCAGGCUGGAUGCGUCAUCACUGCUAACUUGUGUAUCUGGGCACUUCACUUCCUGUCCACCUCAGAGGAACUUCAGAACAAACUGUACCAGGAGCUGGAUGAGGUUCUGGGUUCAGACCCAGUGACCUUGGACAAAAUCCCUCAGCUCAGAUACUGCCAGCAGGUCCUCAACGAGACAGUGAGGACCGCCAAGCUGACCCCCGUCGCGGCUCGGCUUCAGGGGGUGGAGGGCAAAGUCGAUCAACAUGUCAUCCCCAAAGAGACUUUGGUCAUUUACGCUUUGGGAGUGGUCCUGCAAGACUCUGACGCCUGGAGCAUCCCAUACAGGUUUGACCCGGAUCGAUUUGAGGAGGAAUCAGUCAGGAAGACCUUCUGUCUGCUCGGAUUCUCAGGGAAUCAAACGUGUCCAGAGCUCAGGUUCGCCUACACUGUCGCUACUGUCCUGCUCAGCACGCUGGUGCGGCAGCUGAAGCUCCACCAGAUAAAGGGACAGGUCAUGGAGGUCCGAUCAGAGCUGGUGUCCACACCCAAAGACGAAACCUGGAUCACCGUCAGCGGAAGAAGCCAGAACUAGUCCUGUUUCUGAGAAGUACUUAACGUCUUGAUGAAAGCAAUUACCAGCAAAGUAUUUCUUGAAUGUUCAGGGUCCUGUCUGCAGGAGAAACAUCAUUUCUCACGUUAACUCCUGCCUUUAUGGUCAUUGGCACUUCUUGGAAUUAAACUCAUAAUUUGCAUCAUUCUUGAGGCUUUUUCCAAAAUUGGUAGAAUUUUUACGUUCAGUUUUCCUUGCACCGUAACAGUUUUCUAGCUGGUGCUUUUCCUGUCCCAACAAUCUGAGGCCUUAAGCACAUUAUUACCUUGUCAGAUUUGCACUUGUUGAAAUCUGCUGAAGGCAGAAAACUCAGUGGUUUAGUUCUCUAACAUAGAGAAAAAAACAACUAGUGCUGCUAGAGCUUUUCCUAUCAUUCCUAGCACAGCUGCCUUGGGUCAGAAUCCCCCAAAACACGGGGCUUGUUUGUCUGUUGAUAGGGCCCACGUGGCAUUUCAUUCCUUUUUAAACACGACUUACAUAUGAUUAAAUAUGUAUGAGGA